UCCCAGCGUGCUGUGCGCGGGGCAGCGCCCGCUGCCGUCUCCGUGUGGUGAGCUCCCCACGGGAUUGGGCGUGGGCCGUGGAAGUCCCGCCCCCGCACGCUAUAAGUGGGUCUCGGCGCCGCUGCUGCCUCGCUUUGUAUGGGUGUGAGUUGAGGCUGCUAUGGCUAUUAGCUUUCAGCGCCUGGAGGCCGCCCUGGACAAGAGCGUCAAGCUCACCUUAACGUGUGGCGUGUUUCAGGGCGUGCUGCAGCACGUCAGUGCCGGCCGCGACCUUCUGCUGCACUCAGUGAAGAACUUGGAAACUGGCAGGAGCUCCCCAGGAGUAAAGGUGUUUUACAGCCAAGAAAUAGUCAAUGUGGAAUUGCUGGAUGAACCAGAUUCACAGAAGAGAAUAGCAGUGCUGUCUGAGUGCACUUCAGCUGUAGAAGAGAACAAAGGAGCAGACAUGGGAACAGCACAGGGUGGCCUGGGGAAUUCUCCAUGUGUUUCCCUAGAGAGGCAGCUCAGAGCCUUGAAUAACAUGAACUCCCUCCCAGGGAAGGAGGAAGAAGAGAAAGUAGAAUAUACAGUUGUUAAUUGUUUCCAGGAGAAAUUUGGCCCAGCAGUGCUGCACCUGAAGCAACAGGAUGUUAUCAGUGUUGUUGGAGAAGGUGUUAAUUUGUGUCGUAAUGGGAAACUCUCAUGGCUUCAGAUGGCAACAAAAAGUCAUAUUUUUCUAUUUGAUAUUUUCCUUCUGGGACCUCAAGCUUUCAGAAAUGGAUUACAAACUGUGCUAGAAGAUAAAAACAUUUUGAAGGUCAUGCAUGACUGCCGUUGGAUCUCAGAUUGCCUCUUUCACCAGUACAAUGUACUUCUUGACAAUGUCUUUGACACGCAGGUUGCUGAUGUUCUGCAAUUCUCAGUGGCAACGGGUGGCUUCUUUCCACACUGCACUUGCACAUUACAGGAGUGUCUGAUGCAGCACUUGAAGAUACCUUCCAAAUGGAAAACCCUCAUGAAGCAUGAGCAGCAAAUGGCUUUGGAGAAUCCUGAUAUGUGGUUCUUGAGACCCUUUCCAGCUUCUCUGUUUCAAGUACUUGCUCUGAAGGCUAUGUACCUUCUGCUUCUCCGCUCGUCUCUAAUGGAUAACUUCAUGGCAGACCUCACAGCUGUGGUACAUGCUUACUUAAAUACUUCACAGAAUGGAUCUGAAGAUCACCUUGGGAGCCUAAAGGAUAGAAACACUAUGAUUUGGAGAAAAGCCAGGAGAGGUGCUUUUGCAGUGACUCCUGCAAGGAAACCUGAACUGACUCCUACUUGCAUGGAGCUGCCAAAAGAGCUGCGUGAGCUGGCAGACAUCCAGAAGUUGCGAAGAGAGAAAGCAGUGAAAGAGUACAGAAUAAGUGAGGAUGGUCUUUUGAUCAGACCAGUCAUAGAAUUAAAUGAGAGAAAUCCACAGAAAGAAGAAACCCACUGAGAUGACAGGGACUAUCUUCUCCCUGAUGAAGCUGAGUGUCAAGCCAUAUCCUUCAACUGUCAGGAUCUACUUUAUGAAGUGAAAGGAAGAAAGUCAAAAACAAGUGUCAAGUCUGUAGGAGAUCCUCAGACCAAUCUCAGGUUGGCUGUAAAAAUCUUUGGUGCAGGUAACUUGAUAAGCUUAUGUUAUGUAUUUGAAGACUUUCAAAGAAUAAGAUGGAGCUAUUCCCUAUGCAGAAGCACCAACCAAAAAUUUCUUCUUUAUAAGGACAGGUGAGCAGAUUGUUAAAGGGAAAUGUUGAUGGUCUCUCUAAUCCUAAUUUCUGAUUUAAAAUCGAUUUCGAGAUCUUUUUUUCCCAUGAGCUAUUUUGGCUAUUGACUUUUUCUUUCAAUCUAUUUUAUCAUACCGUUGUGUUAAAUUGUGUUGGUGUUUUUGUUUUCAACUGUUGCAGGUACGUAAAACUCUCACUCAAACCAAAUAUGUGAAUGGGGGAGCUUGUAAGAUGCCUGUUCAUUGUGAUUAGAAAGGGUUUGCUUGGGAAAGUUCCUAAAAAAAAAAAAAAAAAUUCUGGCCAGCUCAUAUGGGCUUGGUUUAUAGACAGAUAAGUCUCUUGGCACAGCUGUAUAAGACUUGCAUAGGAGAGUGCAACAGAUCACACCCUACUGAACAGCAUUGCUGGCAAAAACAGCAGAGGUGUACAGAUGAAUAAAAAAAAAAGGCUCUUUUCUGCCAAGACAGAAUUACUGUAUCCUAACUGGCAAAUGCAGCAUUCUGCUUACGAAGUCGCAGCCCACCUCUGUAAGCACUACUGUGUGUUACUCAUAUUGAUAAGACAGUAACAGUAAUGUGUGUAUACAGAAAAGCAUCUGUUCUAAAAGUAAGGGAAAGCAGUUAAAUUAGUGUAAACCAUGUCUAGCGUUUUCCCCAAGAAAAAUAAGAUAGGCAAAACUUGUUUAUUUCCAGUGUACUUGCAUUGUCUGUUAUUCAUUAAAAUACUAGACCAGAAGUAUUUAAAUAAAGGUUAUUUGAAAUUCUAGAUAUACUUCUGGAAGUGUUAGAAGUUGGAAGGUUUGAUUUUUGGCAGUGCACUUUUCUGUAUUUUUUUUAACAUCUUGAACAGUAUUCUGUAUUUGAAGUGUACAGUUCUUUUAUCUUGCUUCACUUUAGAGAAAUAAAACAGGUUUGAAAUGUUUCUUACAGCUUUUUA